GUUUACAUUGAGAAGGGGAGAGAAACACAAAUACGUGUUCUUUUGGGCAAAUUAUUUAUCAGAGAAAAACAACGAAAAGUUCCAGCAACUGUCGCGAUAAUAAACGACAAGUCGCAGUGCAGCAGCGGCGAAGGGCAGAACGUAAAAUCAGCUACUCAGCUGACCGGAAAGCUCGCAGUUUAGGUGCCGAGAAGAAGCGACGACGUGGAAAAACACCAGAAAAAAAGUGACAAGAAAGAAGUGCGAUGUGUGGCAUAUUCGCUUACCUGAAUUACCUGACGCCCAAGUCGAGGCAGGAGGUGCUGGAUCUCCUGCUGCAGGGUCUGAAGCGGCUCGAGUACCGAGGCUACGACUCCACGGGCAUCGCCAUCGAUGAUCCAAAUGCGCCGCCGGACAACCAUUCCAUUGUCAUGGUGAAGAGAACGGGCAAAGUCAAGGUCCUGGAGGAUGCCAUAGCGGAGAUUUGUCGGGGCGAAGGCUACACGCAGCCAAUAGACACACACAUUGGAAUAGCCCACACUCGCUGGGCCACCCACGGUGUGCCCUCCGAGCUCAACUCGCAUCCCCAGCGCUCCGACCAGGAGAAUAGCUUUGUGGUGGUGCACAAUGGCAUCAUCACCAACUACAAGGACGUCAAGACACUCCUCGAGAAGCGCGGCUACGUCUUUGAGUCCGACACGGACACCGAGGUGAUAGCCAAGCUGGUCCACCACCUGUGGCAGCAGCAUCCGGGCUACACCUUUGGGGAACUCGUGGAGCAGGCCAUUCAGCAGCUGGAGGGAGCCUUUGCCAUUGCAUUUAAGUCCAAACACUUCCCCGGAGAGUGUGUGGCCUCCCGGAGAGGAUCCCCCUUGCUGGUGGGAAUCAAGGCCAAGACCAAGCUCGCGACGGACCACAUACCCAUCAUGUAUGCCAAGGCGCACCGCCCCCAUGGCCAGCCGCAGCAGCAGGCCUACCAAGUAAUCCCUCCCGGGGACUGCAACGCCGAGUUCCAGCCUCUGGAGCGCAAGGAAGUGGAGUACUUCUUCGCCUCCGAUGCUUCAGCUGUGAUAGAGCACACCAACCGGGUCAUCUACCUUGAGGACGACGACGUGGCGGCCGUCAAGCAGGACGGGACCCUCAGCAUCCAUCGGCUGAACAAGUCCUCCGACGACCCGCAUGCCCGGGAAAUCAUUACCCUGAAAAUGGAGAUCCAGCAGAUAAUGAAGGGCAACUACGAUUACUUCAUGCUGAAGGAGAUCUUCGAGCAGCCGGAAUCCGUGGUGAACACCAUGCGUGGGCGGAUGAGGUUCGAUACCCAGUCGGUUGUACUGGGAGGCAUCAAGGAGUACAUCCCAGAGAUCAAGCGAUGCCGCCGCCUGAUGCUCAUCGCCUGUGGCACGUCCUACCACAGCGCCGUAGCCACCAGACAGCUUCUGGAAGAGCUCACGGAGUUGCCCGUCGUUGUGGAGCUGGCCUCUGAUUUUCUGGACAGGAACACUCCCAUUUUCCGGGACGACGUGUGCUUCUUUAUCUCGCAGUCCGGCGAAACAGCAGACACCCUGAUGGCGCUCCGGUACUGCAAGCAGAGAGGAGCCCUGAUCGUCGGCAUCACCAACACAGUGGGCAGCAGCAUCUGCAGGGAGUCGCACUGUGGCGUGCACAUCAACGCAGGACCCGAGAUCGGUGUAGCCUCCACCAAGGCCUACACUUCGCAGUUCAUUUCCCUUGUGAUGUUCGCGCUGGUCAUGUCGGAGGAUCGUCUCUCGCUCCAGCAGCGAAGGCUGGAGAUAAUUUCCGGUCUCUCGCAGCUGGACGAGCACAUCCGCACUGUUCUCCAGUUGAACUCGCAGGUGCAGGAGUUGGCUAAGGAGCUCUACCAGCACAAGUCGCUGCUCAUCAUGGGCAGGGGCUUCAACUUUGCCACCUGUCUGGAGGGAGCCUUGAAAGUGAAGGAGCUGACGUACAUGCACAGCGAAGGCAUCCUGGCCGGUGAGCUGAAACACGGACCCCUGGCCCUGGUGGACGAUGAGAUGCCCGUGCUGAUGAUCGUCCUGCGGGAUCCUGUUUACACCAAGUGCAUGAACGCCCUGCAACAGGUGACUUCGCGCAAAGGAAGACCCAUCCUGAUUUGCGAGGAGGGAGACACAGAAACCAUGUCCUUCUCCACCCGUUCGUUGCAGAUUCCUCGCACAGUGGACUGCCUACAGGGUAUCCUUACCGUCAUCCCGCUGCAGCUGCUGUCCUACCACAUCGCCGUGCUCCGAGGAUGCGACGUGGACUGCCCCAGGAAUCUGGCAAAGUCCGUUACCGUAGAAUAGGCACUCUUGGCCCAGAUCGCCAUAAUCAAGAAUUCCAUUUUAUUAUCUGCCAGAGGGUAGCGACCCCGUAGACUUAAGCUAAAAUCUUUUUGUAUUCGCGCGGAUGUUCAUCCGGCCUUUCUCAACUUAACCCACUGUGCCCCUCGGCCCAAGCCGAACCUGUUAACCCCCUACUGUUUGUCUCGUUUGUCUUGUAAAGCAAUUACUUAGUGUGGAUGUGCAAUUUAAAUAUAUAUAUUUCCUUAUUUCCUUUGAAAA